AUGUCGUUGGCUUCACCUGUGAAGGCCGCCCUUGGUCGCAUCGCGCUCGUGACAGGUGCAGGCCAGGGCAUCGGGCGCGCCAUUGCGUGUCGACUUGCUCGGGACGGUUACGACAUCUCCAUCGCAGACAUCCCUCCCGCGAAGGCGAAGGUGGACGAUGUGAUCAAGGAGAUCCAAUCCUAUGGCCGGAAGGCAGUCGGCGUGUACGCUGACAUGAGGGAGCCGAAGCAGAUCUAUGCUGCCGUCGAGGAGACCGUAGAGAAGCUGGGGCCGAACCUCUUCGUCAGUGUCGCCAACGCUGGUGUGACGCAGGUCAAGCCUCUGCUAGAAUGCACGCCCGAGUUCAUUGAGAACGAAGUCCGCCUCAACGUUCUCGGCCUGAUGAACACGUACAUCGCUUCAGCGAAGCAGAUGGUGAAGCAAGGGUCCGGUGGACGUAUCAUCGGUGCAGGCUCAAUAGCGUCGUACCAGAACCUUGCACCAUACGGCGCGACCAAGUUCGCGGCUCGUGGCUUCACGGAAGCUUCAGCUAAGGAGUGGGCGAAGUAUGGUAUCCGUGUCAAUGCCUACGCCCCUGGCAUCGUCGAUACGCCUAUGUGGGAUCACAUCGACAGGGUGCUUGCAGAGAUUGAGGGUAUCAGUCCUGGCGAGGCCAAGGCUAAACGUGUGAAGAACGACAUCCUGCUCGGCCGCAUCCAAGAGCCCGAGGACGUCGCGAAACUCGUCUCCUUCCUCGCGUCGGAGGAAGCGGAAUACAUUACCGGACAGACUAUCAAGACGUGUGGUGGUGCCUCGUUGUAA